CAAAAACGCGGAAACAAAAGAACUAAUCAGUUUUUCAAAACAAGCAACGAGUCGGCAUAAAGUGAGCCUUGUCGUGGGUGACAGCUGUCAGAGUUUAGACCGUAGCUUCUCAUAACCCACUCACAAAGACUUAGCAUGGCUUUGAAGAGAAUACAGAAGGAGCUAAAUGACUUGCAGAGAGACCCUCCAGCUUCAUGUUCUGCUGGACCUGUAGGAGAAGACAUGUUUCACUGGCAAGCCACCAUCACAGGACCGAAUGACAGCCCUUAUCACGGAGGAGUUUUUUUCCUUUCUGUCCAUUUUCCCACUGACUAUCCCUUUAAACCACCAAAGGUCGCCUUUACUACAAAAAUCUAUCACCCAAACAUAAACAGCAAUGGCAGCAUUUGCCUUGACAUCUUGAGGUCUCAGUGGUCCCCUGCUCUUACGAUUUCAAAAGUUUUGUUGUCCAUCUGCUCCCUUCUUUGUGACCCAAAUCCCGAUGAUCCGCUCGUCCCUGAGAUUGCACAGAUCUACAAGACAGAUAGACAAAAGUAUAACAAGCUAGCUAGAGAAUGGACCCAGAGGUAUGCAAUGUGACAGAAAAAUAUAAAGCAACAACUUCUGCCAGAACUUCUCAACAGAUGACAGUACUGUUCAAGUGCUUUCUCCACACUGGUUGUAACUGAGGUGUUUAAUAUGCUUAAUGCACUUUCUCUACUGAGGUUUUACUUGACUUACCCGUUUUACUAUUUUGGCAUUAUUGGAAUUAUUAUUCUGAAUAUUUUUAUUUGAAGUGUUGCGGUGGAGCGACUGUAUGUUUCUUUGAACAGAUUUGUAUUUAUAUUUUUCAUUAUCUUGAAAUAAAGAUAUUUAGCAGAAUAUGAA